GAAAGGAGGGGGAUAGGGGCUACUUCCGCUUCCGGGUCGGGGAGGAGGGAAAAGGAGGAGGAGGGAGGGGGGGAAGAAGGGAAAGGGAGAAGGGCUCACUUUCUGCCGGAGCCGCCAUCAUCUUCGUUGCCGCCCUCGCGAUGCCCAAAGGAGGUAGGAAAGGGGGCCACAAAGGCCGAGUGCGACAGUAUACAAGCCCAGAGGAGAUCGAUGCCCAGCUCCAAGCAGAGAAACAGAAAGCCAAGGAUGAGGAGGAAGAAGAGGAAGGAGGUGACGGGGCAACAGGUGAGCCCAAAAAGAAAGAGAAAUCACUAGAUUCAGAUGAAAGCGAGGAGGAGGACGAUGAAGACUACCAGCCAAAGCACAAAGGAGUGGAAGGCAUGAUAGACAUAGAGAAUCCUAAUCGUGUUGCACAGGCAGCCAAAAAAGUAACUCAGAUAGAUCUGGAGAGCCCCAGAGAAUUGUCGCGAAGAGAACGGGAAGAAAUUGAAAAGCAGAAAGCAAAAGAAAGGUACAUGAAGAUGCACCUCGCCGGUAAAACAGAACAGGCAAAGGCAGAUCUCGCCCGAUUAGCCAUCAUCCGGAAACAGAGGGAAGAGGCGGCUAAAAAAAAAGAGGAAGAAAGGAAAGCUAAAGACGAAGCUGCUUCCACAGGCAAAAGACUGCAGUCACUGUCCCUUAACAAGUAAGUGCCGGCCACCCGGAGAGGAGGGAGUUUGCAGGAACUGUGCCUGGCUAGCCCCCGCUGGGCGCUCCGCUGCAUCACAUCCCAGGGAGGCCAAGUGGAGAGCACAGCAGCCUUGGUGACAUCUUCACACCUCUGAGACACUGACAGCAACAUGUUUGUCUUCAUCUGGGCACAGAAUUCCAUUGGGAGUUGUUGUUUUUUUUGGGGGGGGGGAGGUAGGGAAAGCAGGGCUGGGGAGGGCUGGGUUAGGGGAAGCUGUUAAAUCUUUUGAUGCAGAAUCGUGAGGAAUGAAUUAUCGGCAGAACUGUUUUGGGUGGGACACCAGAUACAUGGAACGGUUUUGCGGUGUUUGGAUUAAAGAUCACCUAAUUCAGGGGAAGGAUGGAGGGCAGGCAACUAGACAGGGUGGGGGAGCAUGUGGUUGGUAAUUGGACAUACAAAGUGACACAUGCAAAUCCAAAGUACUGGGGGGGGUAUUUGUGUAUAUGUAACUGGCACUUGAUGGCAGAGCAGCCCAUGGGACUGAGCUGCAGAGCAGCCAAAACAACUAAACAACCAAUGAACAGAGCCUAACCAUGUGGCUAUUAUUCUGGUCUUCGUUCCCACUUUACCCCCUCCCUCCCCAUUUUUUAAAACAAAAAAAGCCAUCCUUAAUUGCUUUCCUUCUCCUCUGAAAAGGGAUAGUGACUUUUUAAAACUGCAAAACAAAACCAGAGAACCCUUUCUUGAUUGUGUAACACGUUGGAACAGAUGCAAAUUGGAAGCAAAAACUUGUAUAUUUGGCUGAAUAAAGUUUAAAUUAUCGUAAA